AUGUUUCCUUGGUUCAACAGGUUUCACUGAUGCUUUGAGUUCGGUGGUAGCUAUCUCUUCUGUUCGAAAAUACUAGUUUAUUAAUUUUGCAGUCUUUUCUUGAAGAGAAAGAUUUUUUACUCAGUAAUUAGUAUUAGAAAAAAUAGUGCUUCAGUUAAUAAGUGAAUAACUAUGCCAAUUUAAUAGUUUAACCUGUUUGAUAGUGUCACUGUGAAGUGGUGUUGCAGGCCUAGCACAACAGCUUGGAAAAUUGUUUUCAGUAUUUUAUCACUAUUCCGGCACUUCUUUCAUGAAUUUACUACUUACAAAUGUCCCUGUAAGGCUGAAUAUUGGAUGAGUUGUUGCUUGAAGACUAAGUGAGAAAUGAACACCUUUUUAAGAUCCGUGGUGAGAAGAUUCUCUUCUCUGGCAGAUAAAGAACCUGUUAACGAUGGAAUAUCUUCGUUAAAGAUCGGUGUUAUCGGUGUUCCAUUCAGCAAAGGUCAGACCAAUGAAGGUGUUAGAAAAGGACCUCAGGUUAUCCGUGAGGGAGGAGUUUUGAAGGAAUUGAAUGCUUUGGGUCAUAAUGUGAGGGACUACGGUGAUAUAACGUACAAGUUCAGCCAUGAUCAGGUACAAAACACCUCCAACAGCUCUCAUGUCAAGAACAUGAAGGACUUGGAGGAUGUGGCUGCAUGCAACAGGGAAGUUAGUAAGAAGGUUCAGGAGAUUCUAGCAGAAGAUAGUCAAGUAUUGGUUCUCGGAGGAGAUCACAGUGUUUGUAUCGGCUCGGCGGACGGAUUCAUACAGAAGUACGGAGAUAUUGGCCUCAUCUACGUGGACGCCCAUGCUGACCUUAACACAGCUGAUACUUCGCCUUCAGGGAAUGUACACGGUAUGACAGUGGCACUCCUUGUAAAAGAACUCUACGAUUAUUGGCCUUACCUGCCUGGAAUGGACUGGCAAAAACCUGUAUUGCCUGUGAAGAACAUUGCCUACAUCGGUCUUCGUUCUGUAGAUAAGUAUGAAAGAGUUAUUUUAGACAAGUUCUCAAUCCCUGCUUACGGAAUGGCUGAAGUAGAGAAGUAUGGAAUAGACAAAGUAACGGAGAUGGUGCUUGAUCAGGUGGACCCCAAAGGGAACCGAGCUUUACAAGUGAGCUUUGACAUUGAUUCAUUGGAUGUUUUGGAAGCCCCUUCCACUGGGUGUUCAGUUUGUGGAGGAUUAACUCUGAGGGAAGGAAUUCAUAUAUUGGAAAUUGUCCACCAAACUGGCAGGAUGAAAGUUAUGGAUUUAGUAGAAGUGAAUCCAAAUAUUGGGUCAGAAAGGGAUGUGAAAAAGACAGUUGAUGCUGCACUUCACUUAAUCAAAGCAGCAUAUGGAUUUUCACGACUCGGAAAUGUUCCCAGACAUAUCAAAGAUAUACCCACUUACAACAGUUUCCAACCAAGUAAAUAAUUUUCUUAUAGUGAUUUACUAUUUUGUAAAUAAACUUGAAAUAUUCUGUG